UCUAUUCACCUAGAUUCUUUUCUUUUUUUUUUUUGUCUCGCUUCGAUCGAUAGAUUCUUCCCUUCUGUCCACUUACUUACCUUCUGAAGCCUUGUCCUAUUCCCCCAUUUCCUCUGGAAAAAGCCAUGGUGACAAUGGCAUCCAUGGCUUCCCAUUUCAGAACAAGAGCUAUGGACCUACGUUGUUUAGUGGUUGUGUUUUGUGCAGUCUUGGUUCCAAGUUUUGCCGAGCUUCAAAGGUUUGAACACCCCAUAAAAAGUGAUGGGUCGCUUAGCUUUCUGGUUGUUGGAGACUGGGGCAGGAAAGGGCUUUACAAUCAAUCUAAAGUUGCCUUUCAGAUGGGAAGGAUUGGAGAGAGACUAGAUAUAGACUUUGUCAUCUCAACAGGUGACAAUUUCUAUGAUAAUGGGUUAGAAGGUGUAUAUGAUCCAGCAUUUAGAGAAUCCUUCACAAAAGUUUACACCGCCAAAAGCUUGCAAAAGCAAUGGUAUAGUGUUUUGGGAAAUCACGAUUAUAGAGGUGAUGCAGUGGCGCAGCUGAGUCCUAUUCUACGAAAGAUUGAUAAACGAUGGCUUUGUCUAAGAUCCUUCAUCCUUGACACAGAAAUAGUAGACUUCAUCUUUGUUGACACCACUCCAUUCGUGGAUAGCUACUUCGUAGAGCCAGACCAUGUUUAUGAUUGGAGAGGUGUAGAACCUCGAAGAACUUACGUUUCUCAUCUUCUCAAGGAUGUGGAAUUAGCAUUGAGAAAGUCAACUGCAAAGUGGAAAAUUGUUGUUGGUCACCAUGCAAUUAGAAGCGUUGGGCAUCAUGGCGACACUCCCGAGCUUAUAAAGUAUCUACUUCCAAUACUUAAGGCCAACAAUGUUGAUCUUUACAUAAAUGGGCAUGACCACUGUUUGGAACACAUUGCAAGCCUUGAUAGUUCGAUUCAGUAUUUAACAAGUGGAGGAGGCUCAAAAGCAUGGAGGGGUGACAUUGAACACCGUGAUAAUGAUGCUUUAAAGUUCGUCUAUGACGGCCAAGGUUUCAUGUCUAUGAAGAUGACUCAAACAGGUGCUGCCUUUGCCUUCUAUGACGUUGUUGGCAAGGUUUUGCACAAAUGGAAGAUUCCUAGACAGCUGCAAUCUGCAGUAUAAGCUUCCAUAAACAAGCAGGAAGCAAAAAAAAAAAAAAA